AUGUGCACCAGACCGGUAGAUCCACAGAAGAAAUUUCCGACAGCUAUAAUCGUCGGAGUAAAGAAGGCUGGCACAAGAGCUUUGCUAGAAUUCCUGCGAUUAAAUCCUCGUAUUCGAGCCCCAGGCCCAGAAGUACACUUCUUCGACAAGAACUACCACAAGGGACUAGAUUGAGAGAAAAUGCCUCUAACAUCCCGAUAUCAACUUACAAUAGAGAAGAGCCCAGCUUACUUCCACAGCAAGACUGCCGCAGAACGAAUACGUGCCUUGGAUCCUACUAUGAAAAUCAUCAUAGUGGUGCGAGACCCUGUGAUGAGAGCUAUAUCAGAUUAUACACAAGCGUCCUCGAAGCGAAAAGUGUUUGGUAUGAUGCCAACAUUCGAAGAGAUGGCCGUUGGCAAUUGUGCACCGUGGCUGAAGACGAAUUGCUCAGCCAAAGUUGGUGGAGUCAAUGUAGGCUGGGGUGCAAUACGGAUAGGAGUCUAUCAUAAGCACAUGAAAAGAUGGCUGGACAAUUUUCCUCUACAACAGAUCCACAUUGUGGAUGGAGAGCGAUUAGUUACGCAGCCUGCCCUAGAAGUCGGCCAAACAGAACGAUUUCUUGGAAUUGAGCCAAUCGUAAAGCCAGAAGACUUCGGUGUCGACCCAAUCAAGAAAUUUCCAUGCGUUCGGCGAUCCGAUGGCUCCUUACGUUGCUUGGGCAAAACAAAGGGUCGAAAACAUCCCGCGGUUCGACCGGAAGUCCUUCGAAUGCUGAAGCGAUUCUACGAUGGCGAGAAUCGGAAAUUCUUCCAACAGAUCAAUCGAUCAUUUGCUUGGUAG